CAUAAUUGCGAAUACGGUGUGGCCAGCAACGAUUAAGAUAUUUUAAGUCAGCUAAAAGGACCAAGCGAUACAGUAUCAUGGAAUCCUGCAUGAUAUCCAUACACCAAGAACAUCAACGGCAUCAGAAACUCGAGAGGAAAUAUGAGAACAUUGUGAAAACAGCACGUCGUCCACACCCACAUCUACACUAAUAUUAGAAGUCUAAACAUACAUAAGUAUGGCUAGUCGACGACGGUGAAGGUACCUUCCGCUCCUACCGUGAUACCAAGGAUAGGCUCAGUGGAAUACAAUUCACUUGUAUUAACGCCCUGUGUCCUAUCCGAAAUAUCACGGUUAGUGACAGCAGCACCGCCGAGAGACCAGCAACUGCAGCACCGCCGAGGCGCCGAGAAACCGACAACAGCAACCGGAGGAUCCACGGAGCCAUACCACCGCCGACCCCGAACUGGCCGGCAACAAACAGUCGACACAUCGUACAAGGAUGGUGGUGACAUCUGGUUGCCAAUCUCACGGACAUCAUCAAAAGUUCAUUGCAUUAUUGAUACUGUGCUUUUUGGACUGUGGUCAAGGUGACGGUAAAGAAAAACGAGAAAUAUCUAGUCCAAAAAGUAAAAAUGGACAACCAGGAGGAUCUGGUAACUCGGAAUGGCAGCAACUAUGGUAUUCAAGCGUUGAUGAAUUUCAAAAGCUCACGGAGCCACUUUUGGACAACACCACUGAAACCAACCUCACUGUGCCAUUAGGAAGCACAGCUUAUCUUCAUUGCCGUGUCAGAAACUUAGGCGAGCGAACGAUAUCAUGGGUUCGCCGCAGGGACUGGCACAUCUUGACUUCGGGUAUGUUCACGUACACAAACGACGAGAGGUUCACCGUGUUGCACGCCGAGGGCUCGGAUGAUUGGACACUGAAAAUAAAAUACGUGCAAAAGAGAGACAACGGCACGUACGAGUGUCAGAUAUCCACUGGAACAGGCAUAAUGUCCUCGUUCAUCAACGUUCACAUCGUCGUUCCUGAAGUCCACAUUGAUGGUCCAAGUGAACUUCACGUAGACAUGGGUAGCAUAAUAAAUCUUCUCUGUAUCAUUGAAAAAAGUCCACAACCUCCACAGUAUGUGUUUUGGUAUCAUAAUGAAAAAAUGAUCAAUUACGACAAUAUCAGAGGUGGUAUCGUAGUUAAUACAGAAAAUGGAGGCCGUAGUACCAGUAGGUUGACCAUCCAUGACGUCAUUGACACUGACAGUGGCAAUUACACAUGUGAAACUGCAAAUGCCGAACAAGCUUAUGUUUACGUUUUUGUAUCUGAAGGAGACACAAUGGCUGCCAUAUCACGCAGAAAGUCCACUGCUUCGGGAAUCGAAGUGAUGCUUUGGUUUGUUGCAUUACCACUGAUGGUAAUAUCCGUUAGAUAAGGAGAAACAAUUAUGUUUAGGGAAUAAAAAUUAUUAAAUGUAUGUAUUUUAUCUUUGUAAAAAGUAUAAUUAUUAUGAUUAUUGUUAAACAUUCAUACAAAUGUUUUUGUUUGAUUGUGUUUUAUUUCAAUUACCAGAAUUAAGUAAAAUAAGAACUUUGGAAUAAAUAUUUAGAAUUUAGCCAAUUAUUAUUAACUAACUAAUUAAUCGCAUAAGCCCACACUUCAUAUUAUUAGUAUCGUUACCAUUAUAUUUGUUUAUAUCUACCUAUAUUAUAUUACAGAUACAAUUUAUUAUUAUAUCUAAAAAGUGUUAUAAAAUUUAAAUUGUAUUAAAAAUUAUAAUGUUACAUAACCUUUUGAUUUGGUUUUAACUAUCGCACUUAAGUUAUAUUGUACAGGGUUACACAUACUUAUUUCCAAAAAGAAAAAAAAAUAUAUAAUUUUAUUUUAUUCGAAAUUAAUUAUAACUUUAUUACUACCUAACGCUAACCUUAAUAUAAUAUUGUAUAUAUCAUUUAUAUAUGACUCUUUUUCGUUGUUACACUAAUGUAUAAGUUUAUAUUAAUUAACAUUUUUGGGAAAUUAAUACCUCAUACUACUUGUUUUUAUUUUUAUUUUUUGUUUUUUACACUUGCUAGUUGAUAUUAGUAACGUUAGUUAUCUUUAUAUUUAUAUGAAGUUAAAUUUUUAAAGUGUAAAUUAAUAAAAAAUAUCUAUAUUAAUACAUCUCAAUGUUUACCUAUCGGCUAACAUGUUAAUAUAAUUUUGUUUUUUCUGUACCAACUUAUUUGAUUUAUUGGACGUAAAUAGAAUUGUAAUUAAAUAAAAUUAUUACUAAUGACUAUAAUAUUAUAUUAAUUAUUAGUAUUUUAAAUUGUUGUGACAUAAUAUAUUUUAAUGCUGAUUGUACAUAAUGGAAUUUUGAAAACAUCUUAAUAUUAGAGUAUACUCUGAUUAUACUUUAUUUUGUUUGAAAACGACAUCAUAGGAUAUUCAAUGUAAUACAAUAAUAUAAUUACUAUGAAUACGUCAUUACUAUUAUAUAAUGUUAUAAAGGACUAAUAUUACGAAAGAGCGUUUGGAAAAUAAUAGUGUUGUUUAUGUUUUAAAAUAUAAAGGGCUCAAUGACAAAAUGUUGUAUAUACGGAAUUUCAUAAGUUUUAUGUUUUUUUUUUUUUCAAAGGGCAAAAAUGUUUAUAACGUAUUUCUUGUAAAAAAAAACUAUUACUCCUAACAUUACGAUAAAAGUAUCAACACGUGCAGCUGUUUCUGAUAUUAUGUAAAUAAUGUUCAUCAAUAUUGGUAUUAUAAUUAUUAUUUUUUUUUUUUGUAAAUUUUAUUGCCAAAUUGAAAUACUAUUAUUAUAAUAUUAUGAUACUUAUAAGUCGGAUGCGUAACAUACGUGCUUAAGACAUAAUAAGUCCACUGUAAAUAUUCAUUUUCUAACAAUAAUAUUAUAUACAAUGACUACUUGAAUGUCCUUUUAAU